GGUGUAAAGCAGAGUUUUGCUGUGGACGUUUAUGGAAGCCAUCGGUGUUUGAAAAGCUCGGAGUCUGCCCAGUCAAGGGGACGGCUCAAUUGUUUCCUGCGCCAAGAACACUUAAGACAUGGUCAUUACAUCGUAUUUGUGAUGAGGAGCGAGCAGUGACCAGAAGGAAGUAUACUGCCCCAGAGGAUGCUCCUGAUGCGGGCUGAGCGCUGAGGGACCACAGACCCCCCUUUCCCCUUCACCAAAACCCACCAUGUCCCAGUACCAGCAGUGCCAGCCCCCCCCAACGCGCCUGCCCCACGGCCGCGCAUUCAGCUCUGAGGACAGGGGCUCCACUCCUCUGAAGACCUCAACCCCCGUGCACAAGAGCGCCUCGUCCUCCUCCUCCUCCCAGAGGGACAGUCGGCAGGAGGCAGACAGCUGGGAGAUCAUUGAGGGGCUGAAGAUUGGCCAGAGCAAUGUCCUGAGGCCUGAUAAACAUGAAGGUUUUAUGUUGAAGAAGCGGAAAUGGCCACUGAAAGGCUGGCAUAAGCGUUUUUUUGCUCUGGACAAUGGCAUCCUCAAGUACUCGAAGUCCCCUCUUGAUAUCCAGAAAGGCAAACUCCAUGGCAGCAUCGACGUGGGCCUCUCAGUCAUGUCAAUUAAAAAGAGGAGUCGGCGCAUUGACCUGGACACAGAGGAGCAUAUCUAUCACUUGAAGGUCAAAUCUCAAGACAUUUUCGAUGCCUGGGUGUCCAAGCUACGUCACCACCGGCUUUACCGACAGAACGAGAUUGUGCGAUCUCCUCGAGAGGCCACCAUGAGAACGUUUCCUCCUCCAACCGCCAUCGAGCCUCCUCCAAUUGUAUCCAGUCUGGUUCAUGAGGCCAAGCAGGUGAAACCCAGCAGCUUGCCAUGGCAACCAGUGGCCCCCAAUAACAGCAGCAACAGCAGCCUCCCGGCCUCCUACAGCAACGGCCAGAGUAAGGUGGCGGUUUGGCUCCAGGAGUCAGAGGAGAUGGACAAGUGCGCCGAGGAGCUCGCUCGAUGCCAGUCCAACCUGACCGAUUUGAGUCGACUGUUGCAAAGUCUGGAGAUACUUCAGAGAACGCAGUCAGCUCCUAAUUUUACUGAAAUUCAGACCAAUUGUGUAGAUUUGUCUAAGAAAGAAAAGCGCAUGAACAGAAGAUGGAGAACAAAAAGUGUCGGGAAAGAUGCAAAAUUCCAGCUUCAGGUCCCACAGUCGGCGAGCAUGUCCCCCAUGCGUCUCCAUUCGUCCAACCCUAAUCUGUGUGCCGAGCUGGCCGACUACCAGCCCCCUGUGACGAGGCUGAUGGAGACUGUGGAGUAUACCAGUGAUUACAUUAAACUACAGGAGGAGUUCUGCACCAUCGCCCAAAAAGUGCACUCUCUUUUGAAGUCAGCUUUUAACACAGUGGCCAUAGAGAAAGAAAGGAUCAAGCAGAUUCUGUCAAACCAGGAAGAGACGGAGCAGGCAGCACAGAUCACCUCUCUCAGGAAGUCACUCUCACAGGCUGUGUCCCAGAAUGCAGAGCUCCGAAGUCGCCUAAACCGCAUCCACUCUGAAUCGGUCCUGACUGAGCAAGUUGUCAGCGUGAACAUCAUCUCAACCCCUGAUGAGGCUGGGGAACAGAUGGGGAUCCCUCUGACUCAGCAGGCUUCCAAUGAGAGUCGACUGUCCAUGUCCGAGUCCGUGUCAGAGUUCUUUGAUGCCCAGGAAGUGCUACUGUCAGCCAGCUCCUCCGAAAACGAGGGCUCAGACGAUGAGUCAUAUGUCAGUGAUGUGAGUGACAACAUUUCCGAGGACAACGCCAGUGUCACCGAUAAUGUCUCCAGACAAAUGGCCAAUGGGGACUUUGCUGGCAGUGCCUUCCGUAAUGGGCGCCGCUCCUGUCUGCCUGCUCCCUGCCCUGACACCAGCAACAUCAACCUGUGGAACAUCCUGAGAAACAACAUUGGCAAAGACUUGUCCAAAGUGUCCAUGCCAGUAGAGCUGAAUGAACCUCUCAACACUCUACAGCGCAUGUGCGAGGAGCUAGAGUACAGCGAGCUCCUGGACAAAGCCGCAGAGACCGAAGACCCAUUUGAGCGCAUGGUUCUCGUGGCUGCCUUUGCUGUCUCAGGCUACUCCUCCACUUACUACAGAGCAGGAAGCAAGCCAUUCAACCCACUACUCGGAGAGACCUAUGAAUGUAUACGUGAAGAUAAGGGCUUUUGUUUCUUUUCUGAACAGGUGAGCCACCACCCUCCUGUCUCUGCAUGCCACUGUGAGUCGAAGAACUUCACCUUCUGGCAAGAUGUUAGAUGGAAAAACAAAUUUUGGGGAAAGUCCAUGGAAAUAUUACCUAUUGGGUCUGUGAAUCUAACAAUCCCAAGGUUUGGAGAUCAUUACGAGUGGAAUAAAGUCACUACCUGUGUACACAACAUUCUGAGUGGACAGAGGUGGAUUGAACACUACGGAGAGAUCACCAUAAGAAACACAAAGAGCAGCGCCUGCCUUUGCAAACUGACUUUUGUCAAGGGAAAUUACUGGAGUUCAAAUGUGAAUGAGGUGCAGGGAUUUGUGAUGGAUCAAGAGGGCAAAGUCAUUCAUAGGCUUUUUGGAAAAUGGCACGAAGGCCUUUACUGUGGAGUCCCUCCUUCUGCCAAAUGUGUCUGGAGACCAGGCUCCAUGCCCACAGACUACGAGUUAUAUUAUGGCUUCACCAGGUUUGCAAUUGAACUAAAUGAACUAUGCCCAGAAUUAAAAGAUGCCCUACCACGGACUGAUGCUCGAUUCAGACCAGAUCAGAGGUACUUGGAGGAAGGAAAUCUUGAGCUGGCAGCCUCAGAAAAACAGAGAAUAGAAGAUCUACAGAGAGCCAGGCGGAAAUGGAACGAGGAGAACGACAUCAGGCAGGAGCCGCUCUUUUUCAAAAAAGUGAUGGAUGCCAAUCACAGGGAGCGAUGGGUCACCAACAGCACAUACUGGGAGCUCCGCAGAAACCCUGGCUUCAUCAACAUGGAGUCGACUGUACACCUGUGGUAGUGCAUUGACUUAUAAUCACAGACAUGUGGGAAGCUACCUAUGCACAAAAGGAGUGUGAAAGAAGGUAUUAAUAAAAUAUGAGUGCAUGGUUUGGAGCUGCGGCAGAGCUGGGGGAGGCCGGAUGCCCAGAGAUCCUGUGGAGGUUUAGCGGCGCUAUCAUGUCGUCACCCAUCCAUGGAAACACCCUCUGGGGUCACCUUCAUUGUGCUCCAUAAAGCUGGGUUGUCAGGGCAACAAUCUAACCACUCCUAUGUAUUUGUGCCCUGAGCUCGUAAACGUCUGUCCUUGCCUUAAAAAGACAUGCAUCUCUCUCACACUAGUGCUGUUUAGACAAAUACAUCUUAAUCCUCACUGUUGUUUGGCUUAGAUUAAUCUUUAAAAAGUAGUUAGUCUUUUAUAUUACUUUCGAUACCAUGCAUGCUUAGAGUGCAGCUCUUACUGGCAUCGAGCUUUAUUUAUUAUAUAAUUGUAGAGAAAAAAAGAGUUAUUUUUAUAUAUUAAAAACAUCUUGAACUAUGAAUUUAGUGAAACGGAAAUUAGAGUAAUUGGCAAAUUGUAUUUAUUUAUUGCCUUUUAAUACUGUUGAAUUUACGUGAAAGCAGACACCUGUGAGAGAAAAAAUUAAAAGAUCUUAAAAAAAAGCAGCAUUAGAUGGAAUAAAAUAAGAAGUUUGAUGGUUUUACUUUAUUUUGAAGCUUUUACUGACAAAUGCAGCUGUAAUAUGUGACACAACAUACUCCACAAAAACCAGCUCACAACAGUGUCCCGUGUCUGUGCAUAGUACUACUCUUAUAGCUCUCCUCUGUCCCUCUGCUUAUUUUAGACAUGGUCAUGAGAAGAAACCUGAAACCACCCCCUCCCCUCUUUACUCACUCCAUUACACACACUCAAUUCUACUCACCAACCUACACAUCUAAAUGGUCUUCAAAGGACAUACUGUAGUCUCAUACUAAUUUUAUCAUCCCUCUGUAGAAAGCCUGGCACAGUUAAGAACUUUUUGGCUCUUAUUACUGUCAAUUUAAUAGCCAAAAGUUGCUCACCCACUCAUCCAGCUUCGGACCAAUCCUGCUAAGAAAGAUGUAACUUUAUUUUUAAUAUGUUUUAUUAUGAUACAUAUAUCUAUUGUGGUUUUACAAUUGUAAUGAUGUGAAGAAGCCAAAGUAAUCCGAUGUAAGCCUUCAAAUUAAACAUAAAAAAGCAUUUCCAGGAAGUUUAGACUGUGCUGACCCAACAUGUCAUCUCCGAUUGAAUAACACCUAUAACGCGUUGAUCAACAAUAAAUAAGAUUCAGUUUUUCAUUUAACACUAGAGCCACCUGCUGGACGUUCUGUAAAACUGCAAAUUAUGAUUGGUUAUUGAUCUUUAUCCAAUAUGUUUUAGCGUUUUAAAAUGAACGUGCGAUUGUAUAUUUACUUUUGUCAGAGUUGUUGUAAUCUUGUUACAUUUUGCAUAAUUCUGAUGGAAUUUUCUUCACAUUUUCUUAACAUUUAAACAAAUAUAGGACCCUUCAUAAAUGCUCAUUGGGAGACAGAUAAUGAGAAAAGAUUUAUUUUUAGGAAUACUUUAUGCACUGUUCACGUAGAUUAUAAACCAAAAAUUAACAUAAUCGACUUUGGCUUUACAUCAUAGUUUUCUAUUUUAAUAAUGUGCUAAAAAUCCAAUGCUAAAUCUCGUCAUCAUUGGUUUCACUUACUGUGCCUUAAUGAAUUAGACUCAUGUAUCACAAACACAUAGGAUUCCCUUAUAAACAUGAAGGUAUGCCAUUAACCACUGUCCCCACUAACAGCUCAUUUGGCUCUGAUGUUCCUCAUUUUGAGUCAUCUCCGGUGGUUAGAAUAUGCAACCAGCUUAAAGGUGUAACUUUUCCGUUGGGGUCCAUCGCCCUCCUUUGCUUUGAAUGUUCCACAAUUUAACAUUAAACAGAUCUACCUUACAUUUAUACAAUUACAGGUGAUUUAAUUGCUCAAAAAUACCUAGAAAAACAGGCAUUCUGACUGUGAGCGGGGUUGCCCUCCACUAGAAAAGUUACACAAUGCACCUUUAAAGUGCUUGCAGAAUUUCUGAGAUGACCUCCUGCUUCUCCAACCAUAACCAUACACACUUUAACUGUAAAUACAAGAGCUUUAGACUACAAAAAAAUAAAAAAUUAGCCAUUGGAUUAAAUAAUUUUAGCGUGAAAGGAUUUUAACUUAUCAUAAAAAUAAAAAAAAACACUUAAUGAUUUUAGGGAUAGAUGUCAGCCACUGUUCUAGCUGCAUGUCUAGAUUACACAGCCUGCCAAUGAAUGAAUGAAUGUCGCCUUAUGGAAAAAGUUUUGUUUUUUGAAUUGAAGUCAUUGCAGAUGUUUCACAAAAAAGCACUAUGUCAGAUCCGUCAUUUCUAAUCUUCCAAAUGGGUACCUUCUGAAGUGCAAUUUAAACAAGUACAUAUCUUUCCAUAAACACUGUACACUGCUGCUACAUAGUGCUUGUUCUAAUAAAACUCGAAAACAAA